AUGGCUACACAGAACAUAAACGUCAUCACCUGGAAUGUAAAUGGACUUCAACAAAACAGAGAACAGAAACGUCAAGAACUGCAAAAUGCAGAUGUUGUUUUCUUACAAGAGACACACAUUGGCAUAGGAGUUGAAAAUAUUCUAGAAGACUAUGAAGAUGAGUGGUACAUUUUCUACACAAAGUACAGCUCCUCCAGCAAGGGAACAGCCAUACUAGUGAGGAAAAGUCUAGAUUUUGAACACAUAAGUAAUGAGAAAGAUCAUUGUGGAGCUUAUGUUGUGUUGAAGUGUAAACUGGGAGGUCAGCUUUACACUCUGGUUAGUGUUUAUAACCAUGAAACGGACACAAAAACUCUUGAUGAUCUUUCAAGAUACCUGCAGUCAAUGGCAGCAGGGCUGCUGGUGAUCGGUGGAGAUUUCAACACGGUUCUCAAUCCAUUUAUUGACAAAAAAUGGAAUAACAACAGAAAUCAUAGAAAGUUGCUCUUAGAGAGGUUCAUGAAAUCGCUUCAGUUGGUUGAUGUCUGGAGAAGAAGGAACCCCAUGAAGAAGGAUUAUACAUACUACAUAAGAGACUCUCCUGUGUCCAGGCUGGAUUACUUCUUUGUUCCAGAAGAAUGUAUGUGGCGUGUCAGAAGUUGUGAAAUCGGAGACUCAAACAUUACAGACCACCGACCUGUGUCUUUAGAGCUCAACAUCCCUGCAGUGCCUUUUAAGGAACAUCCCCAGAUACAAGCAAGCUUGGAACUGCUCAGUUUAAAAAAGGAUCUUUUGACAGAUGAGAUGGGUUCAUUAUUGGAUGAAGAAAGCUCACAUGCAGUCAGUGAAGUUGACAUUGUGUCUGCUGUAAAUUCUCUUCAAGUAUCAGACACACCGAGACCAGAUGGCAUCCCAGUUUCCUUCUAUCAAGACAACAUUCAGGUCAUAAUUCCAUACAUAAAGAUGCUCUAUGAGAGAAUCCACAGAGGUGCAUUUAACUGUUCUGAGAGAUAUUUUAAUGAAUCUCUGAAAAGUAUGCUUAAUCAUAGUCAACACAUUUUUAACGUUGACUAUCUAAUCAUCGCAACUAUUCUGGCAAGAUAUCUAGAUGAUUUCUUGAAGCCUGUUUUAAAGGGGAAGCUAAAAGAUCCAUCUACUCUCAUGAUCACGUCUAAAACACUCUGCACUCAAAGAAUGCUGUGCCAUCUGAAGGAUGAGAUAGAGGAGCACAACCAGUCAAAUUCAACUCUUUAUCAGGACUUUCUUACUCUGGAAAAUCUCCUUGGAGAUUCAGAAGAUUUUUCUGCUCAGAAAGACAACUUGCUGUGUCAGGGCUGCCCUUUGACCCCGGUACUCGUACCUUCAACACUAAAAUGCUAUGCCUUAAAGCUAUGCAAGGAUUUAGAAAAUUAUGCAAUUCAUGUUUUCAAACCAAAUGUGAUAGUCUGCAUUCCACCCGAGGACCUAGAUAAGGUUGAUACUAUGGUAAACAGGACCAAUGAAGAAUAUGAUAUUGAAACACUAUCCAGCGGAAAAAGAGAUAAACUGUUACAUCUAAGCUCCACGCAUAAGGAGUCUGCAGGUGAGGAUUGUGAUGAACUGAAGGAAGAUGAAGACAAAAAUUGUCCUGAAAGUGAUAUGGAGAGUGUGGAGUGUGAAGAAAGUGAUUACGGGUCUAAUGGACAUGAGAAAAAAGAUAAAUCAAUGGAUGGAAGGACGACCAUGUAUGCAGUUGUUACCUUGCAAGACUCAGAUGAGGUGAUGGUGGCACCAACAAACUGGUUGAGCGAAGACAAGAAACAAUGUUACUGGCCCCCAUUCAAAUCACCAGAGAAGUGCAUGGAAGCUGUUAAGAGCUGUCUUGAGCCUUCAACAGGAGGGAAACCAUGGGCGAAAUUAGCUAUUCUGUUUCAAUCAGAAUAUGCCACUUAUGAGCAGGCCAAGGAAAAGCAAGCAGAAAUGAGUGAGCAGAAAGAACAACCUGUAACAGAAACAUCUCCACUGUCUCCUGUGCCAUCACAAUCUGCUCUGUCAGGAAUUCCCUCUCAUGGAAAACCAUCCAUUAAACUGAAUACAGAUAUGUUCGUAUUGAAGAAUGUGAAACAGAUCAUGGCAGAAGUUAGAAUUAGAAUUCAAAAUAUUAACAGCACAGACCAAACAUCAACUGAACAAAAAAACAACAUAUUAGAUGCCAUUGCAAAAAUGGACAAGAUGGAUAAAGACAAAAGAAGAAAGGAAACCAUUGGUGUUUUUGGAAAGACAGGACAAGGAAAAAGCUCCCUAUUAAAUGCAAUUUUAGGAUUAGAUUAUUUACUGCCGUCUGGUUGUUUUGGUGCCUGUACAUCUGUUGUUACUCAGGUGGAAGCGAAUCUGAUUGAUUCCAACUACACAGCAGAGAUUGAACUCAUCUCUAAAGAGGAAUGGGAAAAUGAGAUUACUUCAACUGACAACAGGACCGAAACUGUCAUAGAAAGAAUCACUGCACUGUAUGGAGCUGAUGCAGAUAAGAAAACACUGGAAGAACUAAAGAAAGACGACAAAUAUGCCGAAAUUGAUAACUUUUUGUCUACCACGAUAAAAACUAUUUCACACACUGAAGUAAGGGAAUUUACCAGUGAUGUUGCACGUUACAUACAACACAGUGACUGGUACUGGCCUCUUGUGAAAAGUGUGACAAUCAAGAUACCAAACUGUGGUGAACUCCUGGAACACGUUGUGCUUGUUGAUCUUCCUGGGACUGGAGACUGCAACAAAAUUAGAGAUGACCUGUGGAAAACUAAACUGAGAGAGUGCUCUUCUGUGUGGAUUGUAAGUAACAUCAAUCGAGCUAUUGAUGACAGAGACCCCUGGAGUAUAAUACAGCACUGCAUUCAAGACCUGGGACCAGGAGGAGAGUGCAGAAACAUCGACUUCAUCUGUACCAGAACUGAUGACAUUGAUCCGAAAGAAUAUCUAAGAUCUGCACGCCACUCUGGAGACCACAUUUCUUUAGACAAGAACCCUAAAACAGGGUGCAUAAUUCAUAGGAACAACCGUGCAAAGGCAAUUGUGAAAAAGAAGUUUGAAAAUCUUGAAAUCAUGAAAUCAAACGCCAGAUUCAUUACUGAUGUUUUCACUGUCAGCUCCAGGGCAUACUUGGAUAAAGAUCCACAUCUGGAACCUGCUGAAACAGAAAUUCCAAAGCUGCAGGACGUUCUGAAGAACACUAACAGGAGAAUUAACCGAGAACUGACCAGAGAUUAUGUCAAUGAAGCAAAGGGAGUUUUAUCCUUCAUUCAAAGUGUCCAACUAGAUACAGAUGAAAAAAUGGUGGAGAAAAAAGCUGAAGUCCAUAAAGCUUUGCAGAAGAACCUAGAAAAGGCACUGAAGCAGUUGGAUUGUCAGUUUGAUUUAUUUUAUGCGAUUUUGGAUCAAUGUCUCUCAAAAGGAGUGAAGGAAUCAGUGGAACUGUGUGUUGACACCAAAAACUCCAUGAUUGCAUCUGUUGCACCUGUAGAUAAAAGGGGAUUCCAUAAAACCCUUCAAGCAUUGUACAAGAACAAAGGAUACUAUUGGCCAAAGAACUGGGAUGGACCCCUAGAUCUAAACAUGUGCUUGGCCACACACAUGCACGACAACAUCGAUGAGAAUUUUAAUUUAAUUUUUCCUGUUGAUGGCAAUAACAAAACAGGAAAAUCAGUGCAGGAACAGAUUGAUGAAUUCAGUAUCAUCCAAAGUGGCACUGCUUACUCACCAUCUUCCAUGCUAUACCACAUGGAAAACUUCAUCAAAACAGAGGAAACCAAAGUGAAGGCAUUGCUCAAAAGAGAAGUUGUUGCGAGAAAGAAGGAAAUCUACUCAUCAAUCCAAAAAACAAUUCAGAAUCGAAUGACUGCUGGCUAUGAGCAAGCUGCAAAGUUGAAAGGAGUGAAAGCAAUGGAGAAGAGGGAGGAUAAAAUAACGGAAACAAUUGAAUUGUUAAAACCCAGCAUGUUCAAAGAUGCAAAAAUGGAAGUUCUGAAUCAGUUCAAGGAUUUAAAGGAGCAUAUAUGCAAGACCCUUGAAUCUGAGCUAAAGGGAUCAGUGGAACGCUCACUUUCACAAACCAGCAGAACCACCCUGAUGGAUGUCACUAGAGAGAUUGAAAAGCUGGAGAGACUGUCAAAGCAGCUUAUCUGACUGAGGUCAAGAGCAAGGACAAGAGAAACUGCAUCUUUUUCAGUGAAAGUUAUUUUUAGGAUAAAUGUAUUUGUAUCAUAAAGCAUGCUUAAAGCUCUAUUAUUAUAAUAUAUGUAUAUAUUUUUUUUUUUUUGACCAAACUUUUGACU